CAUGCGUAGUUGAGGAGGGAGGCUCCGGUCGUUCAAUCGUUCUGUUUUUGGGUUUUAUGGCGAGUUAAGUCUGCGGCUACCGCUGAGUCCUGACACUUCUUUCCAGCUCUUCGUUUGAGUUAAACAGAUGCCCACAAAGUUAUUCCUUCUACUUUGGAAAAUGAUGGAAGUCGCAUGACACUGAAUCUGGACCAUACGGUAGAUGAGGUAAGAGUAAAAAUCCAUAAGCACCUGUAUCAGAUCACUUCCUGAUAGUACUACAGAUUGGAAAAAGGUUUUAGAAAUGACUGGUCUUGAAGAAAAUGCAUAAAUGAAGAAAUACUAUGCUUGAGUGAUAGUUUGUAUGAGUUCUGGAGAAGAUGGCUUACCUUAGCCCAAAGGAAUUUGCACUAAUAUUUGGAGUAGUGGCAGCUUGCUACUGGAACAGUCUAUUUUGUGGCUUUGUUUUUGAUGAUGUUUCUGCCAUUUUGGACAAUAAAGAUUUGCAUCCUUCAACUCCAAUUAAAAAUCUCUUUCUGAAUGACUUCUGGGGAACACCCAUGUCUGAGGAGAGAAGUCAUAAGUCAUAUCGACCACUCACUGUCUUCACGUUUCGUUUGAACUACCUGUUCAGCGAGUUAAAUGCUAUUUCUUACCACUUUCUGAAUGUCAUCUUUCAUGCAGUUGUUUGUAUCAUCUUCCUCAAAGUCUGUAAGCUUUUCUUAGACAACAAAAGCAGUUUGGUUGCAUCUUUACUAUUUGCAGUACAUCCAAUACAUACUGAAGCAGUAACUGGUGUGGUGGGCAGAGCAGAACUUCUCUCCUCAAUCUUUUUUCUAGCUGCUUUUUUGUCCUAUACCAGAUCCAGAGGGCCAGAAAACACCAUAGUGUGGACUCCUAUUGCAGCAACAGUGUUUUUGGUGGCUGUUGCUACAUUAUGUAAAGAACAAGGAGUAACAGUGGUGGGGAUAUGUUGUGUCUAUGAAGUAUUUAUUGCUCAAGGGUAUACUUUGCCAGUUCUUUGGGAUACAGUGUUACAAAUUAUUCAAGGCAAAGGCAGCAUUCCUUACUGUAUGCUCCAAAUGCUAUUGAAACUAAUAGUUCUGAUGUUCAGUACUCUACUACUUGUUGUGAUCAGAGUCCAAGUUAUUCAGUCCCAGUUACCAGUGUUUACAAGGUUUGAUAACCCAGCUUCUGUAAGUCCAUCUCCUGUGAGGCAGCUGACUUUCAAUUACCUUCUUCCAGUAAAUGCCUGGCUGCUUCUAAAUCCUUCUGAAUUGUGUUGUGACUGGACAAUGGGCACCAUCCCAUUGGUAGAAUCUGUGCUAGAUAUAAGGAAUAUUGCCACAAUCGCCUUCUUCUGUGUUUUGGGCACUUUGGUGGUCUUCAGUCUCCGAUAUCCUGGGGACUCCUCCAAGACUGUAUUAAUGGCACUUUGUUUAAUAGUGUUGCCAUUCAUCCCAGCAUCAAACCUUUUUUUCCCUGUUGGCUUCGUAGUAGCAGAACGAGUGUUAUAUGUUCCCAGCAUGGGAUUCUGCAUGCUAGUUGCCCAUGGGUGGAAAAAGCUGUCAAGUAACAGUACACUGAGAAAGCUAUCUUGGAUUUGUUUGUCUUUGGUUUUGUUCAUUCAUGCCUUAAAAACACUGCAGAGGAACUGGGAUUGGGAAUCAGAAUAUACAUUGUUUAUGUCUGCUUUAAAGGUAAAUAAGAACAAUGCCAAACUCUGGAAUAAUGUGGGUCAUGCUUUAGAAAAUGAAAAGAACUUUGAAAGAGCAUUGAGAUUCUUCAUACAAGCCACCCAAGUGCAGCCAGAUGAUAUUGGUGCCCAUAUGAAUGUAGGAAGAACUUACAAAAAUUUAAACAGAACCAGAGAAGCGGAAGAAUCCUAUUUAGUUGCAAAAUCACUGAUGCCACAGAUUAUUCCAGGUAAAAAAUACGCUGCACGAGUCGCUCCUAACCAUCUGAACGUUUAUAUAAACCUCGCAAACCUGAUUCGGGCAAACGAGUCUCGUCUUGAAGAAGCAGACCAAUUGUAUCGUCAAGCCAUUAGCAUGAGGCCAGAUUUCAAACAAGCAUACAUUAGCAGGGGUGAAUUGCUUCUAAAGAUGAAUAAACCUCUGCAGGCUAAAGAAGCUUACCUUAGGGCUCUUGACUUGGAUCGAAGCAAUGCAGACCUGUGGUAUAACUUGGCAAUUGUUUACAUUGAACUGAAAGAUCCAUCGGAAGCUCUGAAGAACUUCAACCAGGCAUUAGAACUGAAUCCUAGUCACAAACUAGCCUUGUUCAAUUCUGCACUACUGAUGCAAGAAUCUGGUGAGGCCAGUCUUAGGCCUGAAGCUAAAAAAAGGCUUCUGAGUUAUAUAAAAGAAGAAUCUCAAGAUGCAAAUGGCUAUUUUAACUUAGGUAUGCUUGCGAUGGAUGAUAAAAAAGAUGAUGAAGCUGAGAUAUGGAUGAAAAAAGCCAUAAAUCUACUCCCGGGUUUCCGCAGUGCGUUGUUUAAUUUGGCAUUGCUUUAUUCUCAGACUGCAAAAGAGCUGAAAGCUUUACCAGUGCUGGAGGAGCUGCUGAGGUACUACCCAGAUCAUACCAAAGGUUUGAUUUUGAAGGGAGACAUUUUGAUGAACCAAAAGAAAGAUAUACAGGGAGCGAAAGAAUGUUUUGAGAAAAUUCUAAAAAUGGAUCCCAACAAUGUGCAAGGGAAACACAACCUCUGUGUGGUUUACUUUGAAGAGCGAGACUUAUUAAAGGCGGAAAAAUGCUUAGUGGAAACACUGGCCUUAGCCCCGCAUGAGGAAUACAUCCAACGUCAUUUAAGCAUUGUCCGAAGUAAGAUUGCUUCCCUCAGACCAGGGGAUGCAACUGUGACUCAUGCAGAAAAAGUAGCAGCUCUGGAAGAAAAAAAAACUCGGUUUGAAAACUUGAAAGAGGUAAAAAAUGAGCAGAAAAACCCUCAGACCACAAACACUAAUGGCAGCAAAGAGCAGGUGAAGCCCAAAAAGCAUGGAAAUAAAAAUUCCACAGAUAAAGAGACAAAAAAGAAAUCAACAAAAGAAAUAAAAGAGAUUGAGAAAAAAAGAGUUGCUGCACUGAAAAGACUGGAAGAGAUUGAACGUAUAUUAAAUGGUGAAUAAUUCCUUGAAGCACCACAGUAUGGGCUGUUGACAUCUCUUUUGAGGACUGUACAUGUGCAUUGCAUGUGUUUUCAAAGUGACCACAAGGUGCUUUUAAAUUUGGAAAGAAUGUUGAUACCACAAUGUUAUCCAAAAUUGGAGAAGUUACGCAAUGAAGAGUUAGAAAAGCCAUGGCUUUUAAUCAAGUAUGCUUGGUUAAGGAGUUGCACAUAACUGACACACAAGGACUUUUCCAGCAAUGGAAGUUAUAUUCUAAUAUUGCUGGUUAGAAGAAUAGCUUAUUACCCCGGAAACAGAUCCCACUAAACUCCUUGCUUGAAAGUAAAUAUGUUAGGGCCUGGCUGCAAAUUACUUGCAACCAACUACGUUCAGUUGUUUCUGUUCUCAAAGAACAGUUGAAAUGCUGAAAGGCAAAUGUUAAAGGGAGCCUCAGGUAUGUUGGUCACCAGACUGAUUUUACUAGAGAAAAUCAUUGGUCUGAGUAUUUUAAGAUCCCAAACUAAUUUGGGUGACUAUUGUUUCAGUUUACACAUCAAAUCAUUUUUUUCUAAGUACAGGUUAUGUGGCACAUUCACAUUUUGUGCCCCUGCUUCCCUGUAAGUAUUAAUGUUCCAGAAUCCAUUAAGAAUUAAUUAGCAAAUACCACUUGUAUUUCUGUAUGUGCAUGCAUGCACUUGAUUUUUUCCCCCAAACUUCGAUAACUCACUCUAAAGGUACAGUGAUUUUCCAUAUCAUGGGAACAAGGAGGAAUACUCCUCAAAAGGUAUACCUGUUAAGAAGCUUUGUCCUGUUACAUGAUUUUUUUUUUCCCAGCACUAUCCUGUGAUGCUUCUAAUAUAGGAAAAAUUUAACUGUUUCUGAACUGUCAUCCAUUCUUUUUAAAGAAAUGACUUAAUGUAAAACCUAUGGGAUCAUUUCUAAGGUGGUGAGUUUUUUACCUCUUUUUGGUUGAAUAAUAGAUAAGCAACAUCUCAUAAUUUAUACCAGGCAUCUUUUUAAGCUUCUCACUGAUUAAAUUGCCUUCCUGUGAUAAUGCAUUAUAAAGAAUGGCAAACCAUUGCUGUUGUUUUUGCAAUCAUGGUGAUGGUGUUUUAUUUUGGAAAAACUUAGACUUAAAUCACAUAAUACCAGCUACCAACUGCUCAGGUGACUUCUAUGGAGAUUAAGGUUGAAAAGAGGAGGGAGUGCUUCAGCUCCUUGGCAAAAGGUAGGAUACAUCUCAAAUAAAAUCCUUUCCAACAGGGGAAGCAUAUGUUUGACAUUUUGAAAGUCCUACAAUCAGUCCUUGGCAUCUUAAGGUACAUCUGCAAAAGAACCCUGUAAAAUCCCUGCCAAUUAUGAUAUACACUACUGCACUAGGUAGAGCAAUGACCUGACAUGGUAUAAGACAGCUUCUUGUGUUCCUGCUGGAGAAAGCAAACAGGCAUAGAAUCAAAGUGAAAAUAAGAUAUGGUGGAAGAAAUGUCCUUUGGCUGCUAAUAAGGAACAGGAACUUUUCACAAAUGGAAGUUGCAGGGACUGAAUUCCAUAACAUAGAACAAAUGCAAAGAAAGACUUCUCUUUGAGAUAAAUAGGUCUCUGAAAGCAAGUGCACCCCCUGAAGGAUCUUUUCUUUAGAUCUUAAUGCCUCAGCAGGCUAGUAGCUGGAGGUGUGCUCCCCCCAGUCAUGUUAUACAUAACAGGUUGUCAUGUGACAAUCAUACAUAUAACUUACACAAAGAUUAGUUGUUGCUUUAAAUCCUCACAUAGAUUUUGUUUUCAGCUUGAAAGUUUCUGGUUUAAUUCCAGACAUGAAUCUUCCAUUUUUUAUUGCAGAAAUUAAAUACUUGUUUUGCCGAAUUUCCUAUUAUUUCCACUAACAGCUUUGUUAGGAUGAGUUAACUAAAACUCUUAUGUGAAACUUGAAUUCAUCAUUUUUACAUAUAUCUGUGGCUUUAUAUUCUCCCUCAAUAUAUCACUGGAUUGCCUAAAAGUGUUUUAGUGUUUAUUUUACUAUCAUUUUUUCAAACAUGUUAAAUCCAUGGAUGUUGAAAUGUUUACAUGAGCAAACUUACUGAAUCCUUUAUUAUUUUUUUCUCUUUCUUUUCAGCAUAGGUUGUGGUUAGUAUGAACUACAAAACAAUCAGAAUUGUUACUUUAAAAAAAGAUGUGUCACAAGCUCAGGAAAUCCUAGUAGUUUCUACAUGACAAAGUUUUCAGAUUUUUUAUUAAAAUAAUGAAUGGGAGGGGGCCACACAGGCUAACCAAAAUAUGCAUUUGGGUUCUAGUACAAAGCACUUUUAUGCACAUACUGAUAGAUGCUUAAAUAUAAGGGGAGGGCUGGCAAAAUCAGCACUUUCCCUGAUAACAAAGCAUCUCACUGAGGUGGAUUGUGAAAGUUGUGCCAGUCCAGUGUUGAUGUCUCACUAUGUCAUCUUGACUGAUGUCUUGGUUUCAUUCAUAGACAACAUGACAUCACCCAUAGACAACACUCUGAACGUCAUCCAGUUUCUCUGCCUUGUUGCAGCCCCUUGGCUUCAUCCCAUGUUAUUCCACAGAUUCUGUUCUGGGGGGAGGGAUGUGCAGAGGAGACUGUAUGGGGGAAGGAAAACCUUACUGUGCAUGUGGAUUGCUACCCAGUCUUGAGAUAACUGUAUAUGUUUAAAUAUAAAUUGGAAUGUCAGUAAAAUAAUAAACAGUGGCUUGGUAUGUGCAUAA